UUCUAUGAAAAGUUCGAUUUCAUUCUAGUGUCACCACUAAAUUUAAAAAAAAUCAUUAGAUUAUAAAUUAAUAAAUACAUGCAUAAAUAUAUAUAUGCCAAUUGAAUACAGAUUAACAUAGGAUAGUGGAUCAUUCAUGAUGGCUUCCAUGUCGGACAACGGAUUAGUUCUAAGUGGUUACCAAAAGAAACUGAAAACUAUGAAAAAGAAGUUUUUCGUUUUGUAUAAAGAUACCACAAAUAAUGCAGCACGAUUGGAAUACUAUGAUACGGAAAAGAAGUUUAUUCAAUGUGCCGAACCCAAACGAGUCAUUUAUUUAAAGAGCUGCUUUAACAUUAAUCGACGCACUGAUACAAAACAUCAAUUUGUCUUGGGACUGUCGUUGAAAGAAGGCGGCUUUGGGAUUGUCUUAAAUUCGGAGAAUGAUUUAAAGAAGUGGUUAGAUAACCUCUUAUCCAUACAACGAGAUCACGCCUUUCGAUCCGAUCAAGCCUUCAUACCAUAUGAGUAUGUUUGGCAAGUCGUGGUGCAAAGGAAAGGAAUGUCGGAGAGUGCUAGGAUCACAGGCAGCUAUCAUUGUUGCCUGAAAGCAACGUCGCUUACCUUCAAAUGCAUGGGAUCGGAAAAGUUACCUAAUGGCGAGGAUCGUCUCGAUAAUGCCGAAAUCCUUUUGACCACAAUAAGACGUUGUGGUCACGCGUCGCCUCAGUGCAUUUUCUUUAUGGAAUUGGGACGUCAAAGUGCAUUGGGUUCUGGAGAGCUGUGGAUGGAGACGGAAGAUGCUACAAUUGCAAAGAAAAUGCACGAUACUAUACUACAAGCAAUGUCAGCCAAAACCGAGUCUAACAUGAACUUGCUAAACGUUUACAAAGGAAAAACGGAUUUAUCCAACGAACCAAUGAGGAAACGUUCAUCAUCAGCAACAGAGGCGUCCAAGCCCAUUAAUGUUUUGCAUAAACGACAAAAUCCUAUUGAAAUUAGAAACAGUUUUUCGCCGCAGUAUAACAGCUAUGGACGAGAAAGGUGUGACAGCUUGCCAACGCGAAAUCGGACGCUGAGCGAAUGCAGCAAUCAAACCUAUAGCGCAUUAAAGCACGGCCAUCGAUGCAACACAAUAUCGGGUUCCCGGCCACAUGCAGCACAAAGACACAGUGAUAGCCCUCCAAUGACUACACCAAUGAAAUGCUCGGAAAGUGAAGAAUCCUCAGUUAGCAUUGAUGAAGCUGACGAUAAAGACAUGUUUGACCCGUAUCGAAUAAAUUCAAGGAGUUCAAAGGGCAUCAUACCAGAGGAAAAUCUUGACGACGACUUGGUUGUUGUCGACAAUAGCAAAAUGUCACGAAUCAAUGAAAACUUUGAAAACUAUAUUUCUAUGACCCCAAUCAAAACGACGUAUGAAAACAUCAAUGCCAAUCAUGUGAACCAUUGCAUAGGAUCAAACGCCAUGAUUGGUGUUGCCGACGAAGACUUGAAUUUCGCUUUUCCCGAGCACUCUCCCGAGAAGCUGGCAAAAGACGCGGAAGUGGACAACCAGUAUGAACGUCCAAUGCGUGCGUAUUCGAUUGGCAAUAAAGUGGAGCAUACGAAGUUGAACAAGGUUUUAGGCAACCUGAAUGAAGUGGAUAAUAGCUCAACGCGAGUUCGAGCUUAUUCGGUUGGAUCAAAGUCAAAAAUACCUCGUUGUGAUAUUCAGCGAGGUGUUCUCUUUUCCAAAGGCAAAAAGGGACAUAAGGGCAGUCAUUUUAAUGUAUCUGUCGAUAUGCAGGCAUACAACGAUGUUGGAUUCAACACACCAAGAGAAAUUAAGUCAACAAGCGCUCCUCUAUUGAAUCCAAAACAAUAUAUUAACACGGAUCGAAUGAGUGAUUUAAUGGAAAUCGAUUUCUCCAAUCCAGUCAGCACACCUUCCUCCAACACAUUGUUGUCGCAACCGCAAAAGUCCUCUACAAAAAAUUUCCAAAUAGCAAAUCUAACUCAAACAACAAAUAUUCCUCCUAAUCCUUAUUCAAUGUCCUCUGGAAAUAUCAAACAAAUGGAAUUGCAAAGGCAAGAAGAGCCAGCAUAUCCUACCUUACCCUAUCCAACCCCAACAAAGUGUGCGGAGACUCCUACUGAUAAUGGAUAUUUGGAAAUGAAGCCUGUUGGCAUAACACCCUCAAAUUCCAAACCUAACAACUAUUGUCUUGAGGAUCAGAUAUUAAGGUUGAGGCUGCAAAACUCUUCCGCCAUGCCAGUACCCUCGAGCAAGCCAAUGGACACUUUGAAUUCGAAUGAAAAGAGUCCCACUCAAGGUUCAACAAGUCCUCUCAAAAACAACAUUCGAUCAUUUAUGAUGGAUAGAAAGAUAGAGAAUAGGCCACCAGAUACUAGUACAGAAUUAUCAAAACCUGCACAUUUGUCGCCGACUAAUGAAAAGUUCAAGAGUCCGCAGCAUCCACAUCAGCAGCAGCCGCAACAGCAACAACAACAGAUCGAUGAAAAUACCAAAUUGGAAAACAAAUGUGAGAAUACAAUAUCAAAUUUUGCUGCCACAGUCGGAAGAAAGUUGAUACAUUCAAUAAGUAACGAGGACUAUUCAAAAAACAUGAAUAAACCACAAGAGGCGGGUGACAGUAAAGAUGUUGGGUACCAAAUACUACAGAUCAAAAGUGAUAGUUCCCUAAUUUCAAAAAAGAAAAAUCAAAGGCCAAUAUAUAAGCCACAAUGUGGUCGACAGUUUCUACUCGAGGGUGUCAAUAGUGCAGAUGAAAAGGUUCUGAAGCCAAUUGCGCACCCCCCAAAUGCACCUUCGUUAAACAACAAAUUGAUAGCGGCGACAGAUUUAAAGGAAUCCAAGGCGGAGCCUCUUUUAAAUAAAGAUGAGAAUGAAUCAGCAACGUCCACAGGACCCUGCGAGCAGCAUGCAUUGUAUUACGCAAGUUUAGAUCUUCCUCAGAGCAGCGGACAAAUCACUUCAAAAUGUCUUAAAAACAACGCAUCGUGUGAAUCUCCGCCAGUAGCAGUUUCCUUUGAUAAUCGAAACUCAUAUGCAAAAAUUGAUUUUGACCAAUCUGAUUCAUCGUCUGCUUCAUCAAAAAUUUUUAACGUUUAAAAUGUAUCAUAAAUAUAUUACUUUUUUCUUAAAAACAGAAA